AUGGGGGAAACCGAUUCUACCGAGCAGAGUCCGCAAGGAGAGGUGAACUCCAAUUGUAAUGGAGGCCUUGAGACAGGAGGGGACACAGAAUCUGGAGAGAAUCCUCAACGAGAAGAAUUAAUCAAGUUGUCAAGUAGCAAUGGAGAUGCAAGGAGAGGACAGGACCCAGCCCUGGGAGCCUGCCUGGCUUCUCUUUCAGGUUCUCGAUCUCCCUUCAGGGACCCAUCCGUGCGUAUAGCCCUGAUCUGUGUCUCCGGUGUAGCUGUGGUUCUGUUCUUUGUCGUCAUUGCUUUGGUAGCAGCUCUGGCAGGGGUGCUAUCAAGGGCACCUGUGGCCUGCCCCAAUGGCUGGGUCGCGUUCCAAGGGAAAUGCUAUUAUUUCUCAGUGACUGAAGGGAACUGGACCUACAGCCGGAGCAACUGCUCUGCACUGGGUGCCUCCCUGGCUGGGAUCAACACCCAGCAGGACAUGGACUUCAUGCUGCGCUACAGAGGCCACCGUGACCACUGGUUCGGCCUCCAGAAGGACACGAACCAGCUCUGGAGAUGGGUGAAUGGCACCGAAUUCAACAGCUGGUUUCACAUCGGAGGGGGAGGGGAGUGCGCGUAUCUGAAGGAAGCAAAAGCCAUCAGCUCCUCCCGGUGCUCUAUGGAGAGACACUGGAUCUGCAGCAAACCCCACGUGUGUGUAAACGUUUAG